AUGGCCCACUGGAGGGAGGAGUACUUGGCUGCCCUGACAGUCCGAGACUCACGAGAGAAGGCGAAUUCCGCUCUCUACGAUGCCUAUGCGCGGCUUGCAGAUCGCACCAGCAAGCUAACAACAGCAGCAAACAACGACAGCCCUGCACCGGCAGAGAGUGAAGCUUUCCCUACCAUACCAUCUCCGCUAGUAUCAGCUGGAAGGCAACGGUCAAAUGAGCCAGGUCCUACUCCGACCGAUAUCCUCAAUGCUACUCGCGCAGACUUGUCCAAGGCACAACGGUCUCGCUCGGAACUGCAAGAUCAACUGAAUCGGGUAAACGCAGAGGCUGAGAAGCUUCGCAAGACGAGUAUACAAGAGACUCGGCGGAUCAACAGCUUGGAAACCGAAAGGGCGCAGCUUAAGCUGCGACUAAGGGAUCGAGACGCGGAGCUCAAAGGGAAGGCUAAACUGCUAGAGGAUUUCCAAGAUGAGUUGGCUACACUAAACCUCCAACUCAAUAUGGCCGAAGAACGGUCCGCUCGACUUCAGAAAGAGAACCAAGACCUGGUUGAUCGUUGGAUGGCCAGAAUGGGACAAGAAGCUGAGGCAAUGAAUCAAGCAUCGAAAUUCUCCUAG